AGAUGCACAGGCUCUGUCUUAGCUCACACUGAGUACCCUCCCUCCAAUCUUCUACACUGCACUGUGCACUCUCCCCCGUCUCCUCAACAGCACUCUCUCUUUCCUCCUCCUUCACACUCACACAAACACACACGUGCAGACACAAAUACACCAGUGCCAUGUAGAGUCUCCGGCCAGAGGGGGGACACCAACCUGCACAGGACCACAAGCCAGGUCGAGAGAAGAGAAAGGGUCCCAUGAUCUCUGCCGGUGAUGCCGAGUUCCCACGGGAUUACCACACCCUGGCCGCUGGUGGUGGGGCCCGCGGGGCCCGGCGGUUCCCCGACAACACCAACGGGGGGUUCACGUCGUCUUCGCUGGACCGUCGCCACAACGCCGUGGCCGCCAAGAGCCUGGAGGCCCUGAACAGCAUACACAAGGCGGACAUCGAACGCCAGCGGGAUGCCCUCAUGGAUCUCCAGAAAAACAAGUACUCCAACAGCCCCGGCAGCAUGUCGCAGGGCUCGGCUGCUGCGGGCCGACAGCAACAACCAAACUACUGGAGCUUCAAGACUCGGACACCGCGUGUGACACGACUCAGCCCGACACAGCCGGCUCUCGCUGACCAAGCCAGCAGGGUAUCCUUUGCGUCAGCUGAAAAUCUGGAGACCAUGUCAGAGCCUGAUAUCCCCAUCGGCUUUAACCGGAUGAACCGGCUUCGCCAGAGUCUGCCGCUGGCCCGCUCGUCCAGCCAGGCCAAGCUGCGGGCACCAGGGAUCUUGUUCCUCCAGCUUGGGGAGGAGACCCGCAGGGUCCAUCUGACCCACGAGCUGACCAGCCUGGACACUCUGAGGGCCCUCAUUGUGCACAUGUUCCCCCAGAGGCUCACCAUGGCCAUGCUCAGGUCUCCCAGCACAGCUCUGCUGAUCAAAGAUGAGACCCGUAAUGUCUUCUAUGAGCUGGAGGACCCGCGGGAUGUUCAGGACCGCUGUGUAAUUAAGAUUUACUGCAAAGAGCCCAUCUAUGGCACCUACCCCGGACACCACAACCCACACCUUGCGAACGGAGACCUGCGGAGGGAGAUGGUGUAUGCACCUCAGGACUCUCCACCCAACCGCCGCCUCAGCAACCCGCCCAUGUCUUCCCAGCAUUCAUCCUCCUCUGCCUCACCUCCUCAAGGCUCGCCUUCCCGUGCCCGCCUCCUCUACAGUGGUGGCAGGCCGUCUUCUUACGCUGGGCCGCCUCACCACACCCAUUCCCUGCCACACCCGCACUCCCAGUCCCACCACUCCUCUCCCCACCAGCAACCACAGCUCCACCAACCCCACCACACCCAGCCGGCCUUCUGUGCCUCCUCCAGUGCCAUCCUGGAGCGCAGGGACGUGAAGCCCGAUGAUGAAGUGGGGGGGUCCAGGAGCAUGGUGCUGCUGCGGGGGGACGAUCGAGGUGGAGGAGGGAUUUACGCGGACCCCUACUCUUUGGGCCCAGACACGAGUCGGCUGAGUCUUGCAGGAGGUCCUCACUCCCCUCUACCAGCCAGAGCCGACCCCUACGGCUCUUUAUACCGCCGUGGAGGGGGAGCGGGAGGAGGAGGUGGUGGAGCUGGAUCAGUGCGCUCACUCACCUCCUAUUCAGCGGCUGCUUUACAAGGAGAACUGAUGGAAAGUGGAGCACUCUACAGGCCAGGAGGACCACUUUAUAACGAUGCCUAUGCUGCGUCUAUGCUGGCCAUGGGGCUGCGGGUGCCACCACCUUCCUCUCCACAGAAGAUACCCGACAUGAGGGAUUCCUAUGCGGGGACCAUGCCCAGUCGGGGCUCCCCUGGGAGGCAGAGUUUGCGAAGGGACUCUGUGACCUCUUCUGUGUUUGGGGAUAGUCCUAAAGCCCGAGGCCAGGGCCAGGGGCUAGGUCUCACCUCAGAGCAGCUCUGCCUGAUGGCGGGUGAGGGAGGGAGCGCUGGAGGCUUCGGCUCACCUCUGCUGGGGAACGAGACAGAAACCAGGGAGCGUAUGGAGGCCAUGGAGAAGCAGAUAGCCAGUCUGACUGGACUGCUGCAGAGAGUCCUGAGCAGGGCGCCUGAGGCAGAGAGCCCGGAGAAGAUUGAGUCAGCCAGUGACUGCUCAGGAACUGACACUGGACGAACUAAAAAAAAGACAGCUUUGACUCCAUCCGCUCCCUUGGCCCUGAUGCCACCUCCACCCUCGGGGGCCAACCAGCCUGUGACGGUGUCCCGUCUCCAGAUGCAACUCCACCUGCAGGGCCUGCAGCAGAACACCAACGCACUGCGCAAACAGCUGUCGCAGCUGCGCAACAUGCAGUUGGAGAACCAGGACUCAGUCCUGUCCCUGCUGAGGCAGACGGAGUCGGAGCUGAGCCUCAUGAUGCUAGACGCCAUGCGCACUCAGGAGGACCCGCUCCAGAGGCAGCGCCUCCUAGUGGAGGAGGAGAGACUCAAGUACCUCAACCAGGAGGAGCUGCUCAUCCAGCAGCUGCAUGACCUGGAGAAAUCAGUGGAGGAGCUGCAGAGGAACUCGUCUGUCAACCAUGGCCUGGUGACAGAGCAGGACGUGGAACAGAAGAGUAAAGAGCUGAGGAUGCUGGGAGAGACGCUCACUGAGCUCAAAAACCAGUUUCCCAGCCUGCAGAGUAAGAUGAGGGUGGUGCUGAGGGUGGAGGUAGAGGCUGUUAAGUUCCUGAAAGAGGAGCCUCACCGCCUGGAUGCCCUGCUGAAGCGCUGCAACACCAUGACUGAUGCGCUCAGCACGCUGCGCAGUGUUUUGUAUCCCUCCUAUAUGUACAGACAAGUCACUGAGGGUGUGUGGAAGAGCCCCGAGGACCUCUCCGGCCAAGCACAGAAGAGAGCAGAGGACGUGAGUCGUGGCUCUGACCUGGAUAUCCUGAACAGCCCUCCUCUCAGCCUCACUGACCUGAGCACGAGCGCCGGCCUGGCCAACUGGAUGCCUGUGUCCGCCGGCGACGCAGACACCUCAGGUCCCGAGCAGGACAUCCAGCCUCCGAUGUCCUUCAGAAACCGAGUUCUUGAUGAGCUGCCGAGUCGACGUCCUGCCGACAAGUCUGUGUCAGCUGAAGUCAGACUGGCGGCAGAGCGGGACUGGGAGGAGAAGCGUGCCAGCUUGACCCAGUUCAGCGCCCAGGACAUCAAUCGCUUGCUGGAAGAGACCCAGGCCGAGCUGAUGAAGGCCAUCCCGGACCUCGACUUCGCUGCCAGGCACAUCAACAAGCCGGCAGUGCCUCCCAAGCCCCAGAUCACCAUCCCAAUAACUUCCACCACAGCUACUUCUCCUGCAGCUGGGACCACCGGGACCACAGCCACCACAACAACAACAACCCCCACACCCAGCGGGGACCAGCAGCCUGGCAAAGUGCAGCUGGCUGCCCAGAAGCUGAACAGUAUGGAGGGGGCCGGUUCACAUCGAGGGUCAGUUGACCUCAAUGUGGCCAGGUACCGCACAGAGAAACCCUCCAAGUCCCCGCCACCGCCUCCGCCGCGGCGAAGCUUCCCGUCAGCACACGGCCUCACCACCAACCGCACCGGAGAAGUCAUAGUCACCACCAAGAAUCUGAAGAUGGAGGAAGAUGGUGACCUGCCCAAAACUCUUGUGAAGCUGAGGCGGACGCCCUCUGACACCCCUCGACCCGCCUCCACCCCGCCUGUGAUCGCAGCAUCUGCCAUUCAAGACGAGGAUGAUGAGGAGAAGAUUAUAGCCGAGCUGGAGAUAUUUCAGAGAGCGCCUGUAAAAGAUUGUAGUAAAGGGUACAGCAUCCUUCCAAAGGCCACCUCCACCCCUCCAUGCACCUUUGGCUCCUUGGGCAGAAAGAACAGCAGUAAUUCUCCGGGGCCAACCAAGGGUCCCACCGUUGCAGCCAGGCUCAAACACCUUCAACAAGGCAGCCUGGAGAGGCCCAAAACCCGCAAGCAGAAAGAGGAUUUCCCCAAAGUCCAGGGCCAGCAGCAGUGCUGAGCUUUUGUCACUGACUACUGCUUCUUGUGCUACAGCAGAAACGCUCGUCAUCAGUUUCCCUCCGCUGCUUUUUCUCACAUCAUUUUGGUCUGUGCGCCAGACCUCCUUUCUUUCUUUCCUUUCCCCCUCUCUCUCUCUCGCUCUCGCUUUGCUUCCUUCAUUCUCUGUCUGCUUCUCAGGUCUCUCAGGUCUCAGCUGGACUAAUUACGUGAGGAGUGAGUACUCGGAUCAUUCUGGUUUUGGACUCCCUAGAUCCUAGUUCAGACCUUGAAGGCGUGAGAUUUUCUCAUUUGAACAGUUUGUCUAACUUUGUCUGUUAGAGGUCACCAGAUUAUCACACUAGGGAGCCAAACAAGUAUUCACAACACGCCAAUAGUUAGUUCAAAUGAUAAAACUCUCUUCCUCAUCAUACUGUUUUAUACAUGUGGAGGUCAUUGUGUUGGCUCUGGACCUGUAGUUUGAAGCAGUGUGGGGAUUUCACCUCUAACAUGUAUGUUGCAAAAGCCAUCAUCCACCAUAUCUAACAAAUCAACACAGUAUCUGUGUCCCAGUUCCACACUACAUACUAAUUCAAAGCAGGUUUUGAAUAUGUUGUGUGUUCUCACUGGAAGCAUUAAAGAUUUAAUAAUGAUCAAAAAAGUCAGAGUGCAGCAGUCAGCAUGGAGAAACUAAAGGAACUCCAGUGAUUUGAUAUUACAGCUCCAUAAAGCAGAGGGAAACGUGAGAGACUGAUUCUUAAAAAAAGAACAGUCAAAGUUCAAAGCAGAUAAUAUAUAUCCUGACUUUUGGUCACUGACACUUGUGUCAACCUCCAAAAAACAGGUCAGAUUCUUUGUUCUAAAAUAGUAAAAAAUUCACUGACUUAACAUCGGAACAACAAUCGUGGCAUUCUCUGUUAUGACUAGCAGGGACAGUAACAUUUACACUAUUUAAUUUCUAAGCGAACUGAUAGAAUUACAUUCCUAAUAUAUUAUCAAAGUUGCUAGCCUGACAGUUCUUGCAAAGAUGUUUGUAAUAAUUGAUACUAGCCCACUGGUCUAUAGAUGAAGCAAACAGCUGCAGCUGUUUAUGUGUUCCUGGUAACAACAACACAGUGCGAGGAUGUUGAUCAUGUGAAUGCAUGUUUUCCAGAAGUUCCCACUCAGAAGUUUCAGAGUUCAGUGUAAUACCUGUGUCCCUCACACUUUGCACCACCUCUCUGUGAUGCAGGCCUUGUUAAACAUUUUAAGUCUCAGUCUCAAUUUGAGGUAACACAAAUGAUGAUAUCACAGCGUUGGGGUUAAAUUCUCAGCGCCUUAGUGGAUUAGUAGCUCUGCUGGUGUGAGGAGUUUUGCUUCAGGUACAGGUACAGAUGACAUGGCAUUUUUUGCCACAGCCUCCUGCAUCAGCUACACUUAGACACAUUGUAAUUGAAAAGACUGAGGGGGCACUGAUUACGAGUGAACCGAUUUUCAUUUGUAAAAUGAAAUCGAGAAUAGUAGUGAGACAGUUUUUAAUGAUCUUGGCAAACAGAAACGUAUCAGAUUAGAAGAAUGUUUUAAAGCUGUGAAACUGUGUUGGCAUAACAGUAGAAAACUUUAAAACAACAUCGAUUUUUUUGCUUGAUAAGAGCAAAAACAUUAUACUGACAAUUAGUAUUGUGCACAUACUGCAUACAGUUAGUAUGAAGUAUGAAAUUGGGACAGUUAAUAUUUUACUUCCAUUUUUCCCUGCAACAUAUGUUUUCAGAGUCUAAUUCUUCUAAACUGCUUUGUUGUUAAAGUUCAAAUCAAACCCAGGAACAGAGCUGAGAUGGUUUUUAUGAGUGAAAUAUUAAAAUCUGUGGCAUGGAGCAAAUCUAAAACGACAUGAGAAAUAAUCUCUGCUGUUUGACAUUUUGCUGGAGGGAAAUGUGAAUCCUACACUGUGAGUGUGUAUUUAUACCACUGGCAGAAAUUUAAAAUUACAGGCGGAUGUUUCAGUAUAUAGAUAAUACAUGUAUGGAAUGUAUUAGUCGUCUCAGAAAUAGCACGAAAAUAGAAAAAAAAAAACGCAGUUAAAGUAUAACCGAAAUCACAUCACAGAUAUAUUGUAUGUAUAUUAUAUGACCAUUUAGUUUUUGUUUUCUUGAAGAGAUUGCUUUAUUACCAUGUAAAAAAGAAAAAAGUGUCAUCUAUGUUUUAUAUAAUCAAGCUUUUUUUGUAUUUUUAUACUUGAAGAAGAGGAUUCAUAAGCAUGUAACACAUUUAUUCUGUAAAUUAUUAUUUUUCUGUGUUGGAGAUUUUUUAUUUUUCCUGCUAACCAUGACCACGUUUUGUUGUAGAGAUCACAGAGACCAAGCAGGGCAGUGGCAGAGAGGGGGAGGUACUCCAAUGGUUGUGAUGGACAGUAAAUAAACCACUACAUUUGUUUAAAUAUUAAAAAAAAGCACAUAACCUCCUUCCUCUAAAACAAUCACCUCACUGAUAGGACGCCCCAUUUUGUAGCUGUUUUCCUCUAUUAUAACCAAUAGUGUACGUACACUACACAGACUAUACAGUUUAAACUCUAUUGAUGGUUUCUUGAUGAAUGUGUGAUUGUUCAAACCAUUUGUGGAUGUUCAAAUCAUGUAUAUAAACCCAAAUAAUAUAUUACAAAAUUGAUUUUAUGUGGAAAUUUUUUUAGACGGGAAAAAAAAAACUCCAAAAUGGCAUGCAUACUGUAUACAUUCCUGGAAAUCUGCACGCUGGGUCAACAGAGGUCUCAUUUUCUUUGUCAAUAAUUCUGUGUAUACCUGUGAGUGUAUGAUAGAGUAAACAAAAAUUGUACAGUAACAUAGAUUUUUGUAUUAUGUUGAAAAUGGGUCGGUAAAAGCCCCUUUUACUGUCAGAAUAACAAAGAAGAAAAACAAUUAUUCUAACUACUGAGAAAGAUAUUUGAACGAUAUUGUAUAUCAACUAAAUACUGUUCCUCCAGUCUGAGAGUGAUGCUUGCUGUGUGGGGUAAGUGUUGUUUGUGAAUCGUGAAGAAGAAUGAUAAUCUACUACAAAGUCAGUAUAACUAAAGACCAACUAAACAGUGCAAAACAACGCGCAACUUUGUGUAUGGAAAGUUAAAAGUUGCUGCUUCGUGUGAGAAAAAUCAACCAAACAAAAAGGUUGCUGCUUUUGUACGUUCCUGUUGUGGUUUUGUGACAAUAAAGGUGACCCUCUUAUACA